AUAUCCGAACACAGGAGAGAUUGCUCAGUUUUUCAACAGUUUGUGAGAUGGGAUAGCUGCUUUUCUGCUGCAUGCAUAAUCUAGGUAAUCAAGUAUAAAAACAGAAAUCAUGAAAGUGGAAAUUGGAUCAGAUAAUGUUGAUGACUCAAUCCAGGAAGCAGAACCUACCCAACCUCUGGAUGAUGGAGCAAUCAGCCAACCACCAGUCAAAAAGAAAACUUCCUGUUGCACUGGUUUAAAGGUGUUUUUGGCUGCUUUGUCAUUCACCUACUUGAGUAAAACCUUAUCUGGAACCAUUAUGAAAAGUUCAAUCACACAGAUAGAAAGAAGAUUUGACAUUCCCUCCUCUAUAGCUGGCUUAAUUGAUGGAAGUUUUGAGAUGGGUAAUUUGUUGAUGAUUGCAUUUGUAAGUUACUAUGGAGCCAAAAUUCACAGACCAAAAGCAAUUGCUCUUGGAUGUUUCAUUAUGUCUGCUGGAAGUAUUUUAACAGCAAUGCCUCAUUUCUUCAUGGGAUAUUACAAGUAUGAGACAACACUGAAUGCAAUGUCAUCAGUCAAUUCAACUUCAAGCAUCAAUCCCUGCUCAGUGGAUCAGAAAGAUAUUGGAGUCAGUGAAACCUUGAUAGAACCUGAUCCAGGUUGUAAAAAAGAAGCAUCAUCAUACAUGUGGAUUUAUGUCUUACUGGGAAACAUGUUACGUGGAAUUGGGGAAACACCAAUAACACCAUUGGGAAUUUCUUACCUUGACGAUUUUGCUAAAGAAGACGAUGCUCCUUUAUAUAUUGCACUUUUGCACACAAUAGCAAUGAUUGGUCCAAUGCUUGGUUUCCUGUUGGGAUCACUGUGUGCCAGACUGUAUGUGGAUAUUGGAUUUGUGGAUCUAGGCAGCAUCAACAUAACCCCAAGAGAUUCCCGUUGGGUGGGUGCAUGGUGGCUUGGUUUUAUGAUAGCUGGAGUAACUGCCCUCAUAUCUGCCAUACCAUUCUGUUUCCUGCCAAAGAGUCUGAAAAAGCCAGAGGAGGAAAGUAAUGAUAAAAGUUCAUCUGAUCUCUCCAACAUUAAGGAAGACAACAGUGGGAAGCACAGCCCUAUAAAACAAAAGCCAGUGAAGUCCUCAGCAUCUUUGAAAGAUUUCUUUAUUUCUGUGAAAGCAGUAUUGGGUAACCGAAUAUACUUCGUAUUUUUGUGUUCUGUACUGUUACAGUUCAGUAGCUUUGUUGGUUUCUUGACUUACAAACCAAAAUACAUGGAACAGCAGUAUGGUCAGUCAGCAUCAAAGUCUAACUUCAUAACAGGAUUAACGUCCUUACCUGCUGUGGCCAUUGGGAUUUUCUUAGGAGGACUUCUAAUGAAAAAGUACAAAUGGGGUUUGAUUGGAGCUACAAAAUUUGGAUUUGGUGUUUCGUUUUUUGCUUUCCUUAUAAGCCUGCUACAUUUUUUUGUGGGCUGCGAGAACCAUGUAGUGGCUGGACUGACAGUGUCCUAUGAUGGGACACCAGUUGCAUAUGGUGAAAACACUGUAUUUUCUUCCUGCAACUCUGAUUGCAAAUGUGCCUCAAACCAAUGGGAUCCAGUCUGUGGAGACAAUGGAAUCACAUACAUAACAGCUUGUCUUGCUGGCUGCAAGGUUUCAACAGGCCAUGGAAAGAACACAGUGUUUCAUAAUUGUAGCUGCACUGAAGUUGCAGGUUUGCUAUCGGGAAAUACUUCGGUAACUUUGGGACACUGUCCAAAAAGAGAUGAUUGUUCCAGGAAGUUUAUUUAUUAUACAGUCAUACAAGUCAUAAGUGCUUUUUUCUAUGCUUUAGGAGGCACCCCAACAUAUAUGAUUACACUUAGGUGUGUUCAGCCAGAGCUAAAAUCUCUUGCAGUUGGUCUGUAUGUACUCACCAUGAGGGCCCUAGCUGGAAUUCCAGCCCCAGUUUAUUAUGGUGCAUUGAUAGAUAGGACUUGCUUGAAAUGGGGAAGAGGAAGCUGUGGACAACGGGGAGCUUGUAGGAUAUAUGAUUCUAAUGCAUACAGGAAGGCAUACCUGGGCCUAAUAACAGGCCUGAGAGCACCAUCCUACUUGAUAGCUUUAUUGUUUUUUUUGAUGGUGAAGAAACAUUAUCAAGCCAAGGACUCCAAGCCCACUGAAAAUGGAGGAAAAGAAGAUAUUCCUAUGAAUGGAGAAACUAACUCAAAAAGCUGUGAAUAUUCGUCAGGUUCUUCUGAUGCAGAAAAAGAAUCCUAUAUUUAAAAAAAAAUGUUUGAAUCUAUAUGGCAUGAAUCAGGACAGCUUCUUGUAAAAACAGGUUAUAGAAUGUCAUGAACAAAACAAUAAUGAUGUUCAGAAUGUUAAACCAGUAAUUAAGCCAUUACUAAUGACAAGAGAAGCUAGGUACAAAUGUGAUUUAUAUUUAGCUGUGUUUAUGAGCAUUUUGCCUAAUAACAUACACUACAAAUUUUAUGAACAGACUCAAGCUAUUAAUAAAUAAUGAAGGAAACCCCAAUUUGGCAUGAUUAAUUGCAAGAGUUGUUGACAACUCUUUGGGGCAGGGGCAGCAGGAUAAUGCAGUUUUUUGUUUCACAGAAAACUGCCUAAUAAAGACCAUUCAAAUCAUAACCAUUCCCCCACCACACACAUACCUGCCUGCUCUCCCCCACCCAUGUUCUAGAAUCAGUUGGUCUUCUACAAGAAGAAUUGUAACUUUUUUACGAUUCUAUGUUGAGAGAAACCUUAAAAUACAAUAAGAGCUAGGUACAGACAGUCAAAAAGCCCAAAG